CCGCCCCCAGCGGGCGCUGCGCCGCGGGCGGAGCGCUUAAAAGGCGGCAGCGGCGGCCCGACCGCGUGUGUCCGACUGCCGGCGUGUUCCCCGCUCCCCCGCGGCAUGCUGGCGCUCAGCGCCGCCCGCCGCUUGCUUCGCCCGCCCGGGGACCUGCUCUUGCCGACGGGGCUCGCCUGCAUGUGGGCGGCCGGUGCCCGCGGUUGCUCGGCGGCCGGCGGCGGCUCGCAGAACCCGGUGGUGUACUUGGACGUGGGCGCCGACAACCAGCCGCUGGGACGCGUUGUGCUGGAGCUGAAAGCUGACGUGGUUCCGAAGACAGCAGAAAACUUCAGAGCUCUUUGUACUGGUGAAAAAGGAUUUGGGUAUAAAGGAUCCACUUUUCACAGAGUGAUUCCUUCUUUUAUGUGCCAGGGUGGUGACUUUACAAAUCAUAAUGGAACUGGUGGAAAAUCCAUUUAUGGCAGUAGGUUUCCAGAUGAAAAUUUCAUACUUAAGCAUGAAGGACCUGGUGUUCUUUCAAUGGCCAAUGCAGGACCCAAUACAAAUGGAUCUCAGUUCUUCAUUUGCACUGCAAAAACUGACUGGCUAGAUGGAAAACAUGUUGUUUUUGGGCACGUAAAAGAAGGAAUGGAUGUUGUGAAAAAAAUCGAGAGCUUUGGUUCCAAGAGCGGAAAGCCUUCCAAAAAGAUUGUCAUUACUGACUGUGGCCAGCUGUCCUAGCCUUUUGUCCUGCCAUUCAUGACAACUUCAAUGCUGUGAAAAAUGAAUCAUAAAAAAACCCCAAAAGUUUCUGAUCCCAUGAGUAGCACCUGUGGAACUAUUUUCUAUUUAACUUGGUCCAACUUUUAUACUUACUUUGAAUGAUAUUGAUUAAAGGCAUAAAACAAUAACUGAAGCAUGUUUUAACUGAGCUACCUUCGUAGUCACACUGUCACACAGGUUUGGUAGAGUCCCGUUGUGUUUAGAAAGAAGUAGUACGGACACCCAGCGCGUGUCUGACUGCACUGUUGAUACUGUUCCUACUAUUUGGAUGUUUCAGGUGUUAGAACUGAUGGUGGAGUUGACAAGUAAGUUGUUCUAUAGUUGGGAGUUAGUUAUAAAUUGAGAAAUACCAUGUUUCUUUGGUGCUAACAAAUGCCUAUUCUGUUGUCUCAUCAUUUUGAAAAAAUGCUACUAACUGCUGCUCUCAAUGCUGUCUGCAACAAUACUGUCAAACAAUUUCCUUCUGUGUCUCCAUUUAAGUCUAUCCAAUAGAACUAAUGUGUGGUUAUGGUUUUUUUUAAUUAAAUUAAUUCUGUUUUAAUCAUUUUGGGUAGUCUCAGACCACUGUUUAAAACUGAACUCUACCACACCUGCUUCAAUGUUGUAAUUUGACUUUUGGGAUAAGGAAAUUGCUGUAGGUUGAGUGAUGCUACUGCUAGAGCUCUGCCUGGGCAAUAGGAACACCAAUUAGAACAAAGAUCAUGGGACUCUUUUACUAUGCAACUGUGAACUUACUUGAAGUGCAGUUCUGCUCUGAGAGCUGGUUCUGUGAGAAAUACAGCACAGUUCUGAAUAGAUAACAUAUUUUUGCACUUUGAGAAUAUAAUCAGAGUAUAGUGAGUUUGCUUGAGUGAGAAACCAUUGCUUGUUGGUCCUGUGAAGUCAGCCCACUUUGGGUAUUACUUGGAUUAUGAUUUCUUCUCGUGCAUCAUCAACAGUAGUCAAAAUUGGUCACUACAGAAUCACAAGGCCUAAUUGAUGGAGCAAAAUCAUUAUUGCUGUGGUUGAUGCACAAGGAAAGAAUUCACCUGAUCAGAUAAACAUGUUUCAUUUGUAUAAACUGGUAUGUUUUAUGUGGCGUGCUUGAGCAAUAACAGAAGUUGGAACCUCACAACAUCAUUUUUUGAAUCACUAGGGCUAUGAAGUAUUCAUGCUUUUGGGGAAAAAAACCACUUGACUGAUUUUGUGCAAUAAUCUCAUCACUGAAAUCUCUUUACUCUCUUCAAAUGUGAAUUAUUUGCUUCCAUUGCAUUCUGAUAAUUUUUGCACUGAAUUUUUUCUACUGAGCUGCAGUCUUGUGUGUGUGUACAAGGUAGUAUUCAGAGUGUAAUUUUGCAUAUAAUGGAAUUGAAAAGCUUUCCACUACAGCCACUUCAUUUUUGUAGUAUUUUUGAAAUAUUAAUUUGCGCUCCUUUGGCUUGUUUCAGUUUGAUACAAUAAUGAGGGAUUUUUGUGUUCUUGUAAUUUGUAUAUGAAAGAUAAUUAAAUACAGUUCUGCCACAAAAAAAAAAAA